CUAGAUAUUUACUCCAUCUGUUCCAUCAUCGAGUUAUGCUAAAUUAUUUUCUCUUAUAAUUUGGGACACAAACAAGCCAAGCCCACGAUGGGCGCAAUAAAUCCUCUAGCAGCUGUAUGGCUGCUUCUCAUGCUGAUCAUAGCAUCAAGUCAGGCGGCAAGAGAAAAUCCACUCAAGGAUCCACGCAUCUGCGGACGUCCACAAUGUGAAAUAACAAACCCAAAAUUCGGCUAUGGCGAUAUGUUGUACAAGUAUAAUUAUACGGUAGCAUUGCGCACUGAAUUCGCCGGUUCCGGCGACAAUAGCUCUGAUCUCUUUUUGAAAGCACACCUGGAAAUAUUCUUUCCCAAGCCAUGUGAGGGCUACAUGCGUAUCAAUAUUGUCAAGCUGUACGAUACGAUGCCGCCGGUCAGCAAUGACAGCCCAUCCUCUGAGGAAAAAUCCACAAAAGAUGUUUAUGACUACUAUGACAACUUGAGCAGUAGAGAGUCUUCGUCUGGAGAACAAGUGACGCCAGAUUUUGAGGACCUACAUCCCAAGAGCCUCGAAUUGGCCAAUGACUUAACAAAGAAUCUGCUGCGUUUUGCCUUCCACGAUGGCCUGAUCAGCGAGGUGUGUCCCACCGAGUUGGAGACACCUUGGGUGCUCAACUUUAAGAAGGGCAUACUGUCCAGCUUUCAAAAUACCAUGAUGCGAUUCGAUGUGGACUUCAAUACCACAGAGACGGAUGUAUCCGGUGAUUGCGAUGUGCAAUAUACACUAGCAUUAACCGACAGCGCCUAUGUGACCAUACGCAAGAAUAAGGACAUUGCCACGUGCCGACGCCGUUACGCCACACAGUCGGUGCUGCAGACAACACCAUACACAUUCCGGGAUGACAAAACCAUUUGGCCAGUUUUAAACUCACAGAGUUACUGCAAUUUGACCAUUGAUAACUACAUGUAUCGUGAGAUUAGUUGCAUGGAGAGCCACUUGCUGGUGCCCUUCUCAAAUGGCAGCUUUGGCGCCUUGACAACGACACGAAGUAAACUGCAGUUGGAGGAUGAAGAAUCCUACAGCAUCAGCGAGUUUUUGGAGCAAAAUAUCGAAAUGGUUGAGCGACGUUCCUCGCUUAUUUUUGAUCACACGCCGUCUGUGAAGCCCAGCCAUGAUGAGAUCAAGGCCGCUCGCGAUUUGCUCGUGCAGAUGUGCGCCGUGGGCUUUCCGAAUAUACAGCGAGAGUUCAUCGAGGUGUUUACCAAUUUCCUGCAGACGACGAAGAGCCUGGACUAUAAGACGCUUACAGUACUCCUGCAGCGUUCGGCAAGCACAUGUCCGCAGGGCAAGAACCACGUGCUGGAAUCGCUGCCCUACAUCCAAAGCACCGCUUCGUAUCAGGUGAUGCGGGAUCAAAUUGUGAAUGAGAAGCUCUCCAAAGAGAAGGCACAGAGUUGGAUGACCUCGCUGUCCCUUAUCAGGCGUCCCGACGCUGAGACCUUGGAAACCUUCUACACCAUACUCGACUAUGCGCGAAAGAAAUUAGAGCCGGAAUACACUCUAGGCGCCACGGCUGUGGUGCACAGCUACUGCAAGCAUCACGAGAAUUGCGAGGAGGAUCUCAAGGUUACACAAAUUGUCAAUCUUUUGGAGACUGAAUUUGUGACUCAGUUUAAAAAGUAUCGUGGCAAUCGCAAGCAACGCGAGCGUUUAAUUAUCCUGCUUAAAGGUCUGGGGAACAUUGGUGUCAUGUCCACUGGCUUUGUGGAGCAAUUACAGUUGAUAAUCAAGGAUAUUGUGGUGCCAGUGGAUAUACGCCUGCAGAGCAUUCUAGCAUUUAGGCGGGUCAAUUGCCUUAAGUACCGCAGCUACUUUUUGGAUAACUACGCUGACUACACAUUCAAUUCGGAGCUGCGCAUCCACAGCUAUUUGCAGACGAUGCGUUGUCCGGACUAUAUAUCGAUUGGUGUCAUCAAGUCCAUACUGGAGCACGAGGAGAUCAAUCAGGUUGGCUCAUUUGUUUGGUCGCAUCUCACCAAUUUGGCCAAGUCCAAUUCGCCGGUGCGCAUUGAGGCGCAGGGUCUUCUUCUGAACGAUGAUCUCUCGGAGAAGUUUAAGAUGGACAUUCGCAAGUUCUCCAGAAACUAUGAGCACAGCUUGUUCUUUGAUGAAUACAAUUUUGGCACCACAACCGAUGCCAAUUUAAUAUUUGGCACCGACUCCUAUCUGCCACGCAUGGCCAGCGUCAACUUUACCGCAGAUCUGUUUGGUCAAUCUGUGAACUUCUUUGAGUUCAGUGCACGUGCCGAAGGCUUCGAAGAGCUGGUGGUCAAUGCUUUCGGGCCCAAAGGACCUUUCAAUGGUGAACUGCUGCGAAAGAAACUCGCAUUUCUAAAUCGUUGGCUGGGCAAUGAGAGCGCCGAGGAGGAAGACACCUUGGACGAUCUGCUCAAUAUCGACAACUUGCGUCUUAAGCGCAAAGUAGACGACUCAGUAGAGGAGCCGGAAGAAGAUCUUGAUUACGUACACGAAGAGGAGCUGCAACAAUCAGGACGAAACAAACGCAACGCUGACCCUACAGCAACGGCACGCAAAAAUGGCAUCGAUCGCAAUGUUGACCAAUUGGGCUACAAGUUGAAGUACGAUUACAAUAAUCCUCGAGCGCAGUUUGGACUACGAGUCUUUGGCAACGAUCUGCGCUACUACAACAUCGAAUCUAUGGCAGAAGUAAUGCUGCUGGCUACACAGUUCAAUCCAUUCUACCAGGCGCAAAAGCUGCUCUCCGGCAAACCUUUCUCCUACACACAGUCACGGGUAUUUCUAGACGUCUCAUAUAGUGUCCCCUUGGCUGUGGGCAUGCCACUGGCAAUACACGCAUUUGGUGCCUCGUCCGUGGACCUGAGUAUAUCGGGCAAUCUGGAUAAGCUGGAUGUCGAUUGGCAUUUCGAUGUGCAGGGCCGUUUCAAGCCAUCGGUGUCCGUAGAUGUGAUUACCACAAUGCAAGCGGACCUGUAUUGGGGCCAGUCGGGCAUCAAGGUCAAGAGCAACUUGUACUCCAACACGGAAGUGGAGGCCAACCUAAAGAUGCGGGGCAGCAAUCUUGUUUCCUUCUCCUUUAAUCUACCGCAGGACAAGAAUGAAAUCUUUAGCGCACGCUCCGAACUCUUGAUCAUGAAGCGGGACGAGCAGUUGCCACAGGCGGGCAUUGAGAAGCGCAGUUCGAAUUCAACUUGCACUUGGCCAGUGCUGGACAGCGCCAUUGGUCUGCAAAUGUGCUCAUAUUAUAGCGUGCCCGAUCUGAGCAAUGCUACAGCCGCUUAUCCCAGUUUAUUAUUGUCGGGACCGCUCAACAUGAGUCUCAUUCUGAAGAAGACUGAUCUGUCUGCGAAGAAAUAUGUAUUCGAGUACAACUGGGAUCAGCAGGAGAAGGACAAUAAUUUUACACUCGUAUUUACAACGCCCGACUCGAAAAUUCCGCGCAUUCUGGUGGCCAAUUUGACCACGGUUCCCGAAGCCUUCAAUGCGUCUCUUUCAUUUGUCAAUGGCGAGAGUCGAGCAUCUGCUGGCUGCAGUUACGACGGAAAUCCCGAUUAUAGGCGCCUCGAUGUCUAUCUCGAUAACAAUGGCAAUCGCUCAUUUGAUCUAGCCAUGGAGCUGCGACGCUAUCAGGACUUUACUGCCUGGAUCUAUAAGCCACGCAUGCUGCUGGCCAUCAACGGGGUGAACAUUACCGGUCUGGUUGGCGCUAUUAAGAUCAAUGAAAAGAACGGCAUCAAGCAGCACGAUGUAGAUCUCUCCUUUGAGACUAAGAAACUCCAAGCUCUGGUCAGCGGCAAUAUUGUGCAGAGCGAGGUGACCACCUCAACAAAUAUGACUGUCAACUACAGGUUCCAGGCAAGCAAAAUAGAAACCAUUAAUUUCGCCGGUCGUCUGGUGAACAACGGAGAUAAAUCGAAGACUGAGUAUCACGGCAAUGUCAAGUUGCGCACCACUGCCUAUCCAAAGCUGAACUUUGCCUCGAAUGCUACGUGGCUCAGCCUGCAAGGUCACACCGAAGGCGUCUUGACCUACAAUAAUGCACCAGAUUAUGUCAAUCCCAAUUACACCAGCAUGGCGAGAGUUAUUUUUGCACGCUCAAAAUCCGAGGAUGUCCUUUUGGAGGGUUCACGGACGCGUGCGAGCUUGGAACUGAAGGUGCCUAGAUCCAAAAUCGAUUAUCGCAUAUUGAUCAAGCAUGAGGAACGCAGCAAAAACGGCACCGAAAACAACGUUAUUAUUGGUUUGAAGUAUGCGCCCGAAAAGGAGAUAACGGGCCUAUUUUCUGUACACCUACCCUAUCGCAACCUCUUUGCUAUUGACGCCUAUAUGAAUAUUUCAGUGCCCGAAUUUAAUUCAUGCACAGCUAGUUUAAAGGUCAACGAAAAGGCCACCAAAGACUAUAUGGUGUUUAUUAAUGGUUCGUGGUUUACGGGUCACUCGAUAGCGCUCAAGGGCAAUUAUAAGGAUCGCAGCUCGCGUGUACAGUCUUUGCAUCAUCUGAAAAUGAUUGUGGAAAGUCCGUCCUUUGAGGCAACCACUCUGAAUAUUGUCUAUAGACGAAGUCAGCUGUUGAUAUUUUCCGACGUGCAGGCCAGAUACGGCAAGGAUCCGUACGGACUAACCGUACAAUACGCAUCCAAUGCACACAAUAGCAAUUCCAAUACCGAGGUGCGACUUAAGAUCAAGGAAAAAGACUAUUGGAUCAACUCAAAGCUACUAUCUGAGCAGCCCAAGCUAUUGCAGCUGGAGAUACAUAUCGACAAAAUUCGUGAUGUGCAUAUUAAAGUUGGCAUGCUAAAUAUUGUGAAACGAAAGGAACUUUCGCUGGAGCUGAAAUGGGAUGCCAAUCGAGAUCCAUCGGAGCGCUUGGGCCUGCUCAUCGAGUACAACAAUCCGGGGAAUAAGCACUACGAUGGCAAUGCCAUGUUAACCUAUCCAGAGCGGACAAUAAAUUGUGGUUUCAGCACCUAUACGGGUGGUCCCAAGUACAAUGGCAAGGCGCAUGCUUCGUGGAGCAUCACCGAGGUGGUUGAGUUCAGCUACGAUGCGGGCAUUAUGCCGGGAAAGACAUUGCACAAUUGGGUGCAUGCGGAGCUCAGUACACCCUUUGAGGGAUGGCGCAUAAACACGCUGCGAGCGGGUGUUUACAAUGAACGCAAUUUAAUACUGAUUAACUCAACGCUGUCCUGGGCCGAAGAUCAAAAACUGCAACUGGGCUUCAAGAGCGAUCACGAUAUACACGAUCAAUUGGUCAGCUUCGAUGUACGCUUUGGCAUCAACAGCACCAUCCAGGACAUACCCACGAUCAAUGUGAAGGUCAAGCACUGGCAGGACCCAAAACUGGUCGACACUGACCUCUACUUGGGAUACAAGGGUCAAAACGAGACAUUCAACACCUACAGCAUCAACUCAAUAUGGGAGAUCCUUCGCAACCCUCGCUAUCAGAAAGUAACUGGCACGGUUUCCCUGGUCAGUCCGUUUAAGGACUAUCACAAGGGUGGACUGGCAGCCAUGUUUAUGCUAGAUGAUCAGCGACACGUGCAGGGAGCAGCCUCAUUGGAGUUUAAGGGACGAGAGUUUACCCUAAUUAUGGAUGGGUAUGUGAAGAAGUUUACGGAUAAUAUGCUCAUCGUAAAUAUCACAACUCCACUGAAGAAAUUCCGCACAAUUAACGGCCGCUUCGGAUUGAAUGAGAAGAAGCGACAUGCUGUGGCAGAGGUGCGUGCCCCAACUGCCGCACUGGGAGUCGAAGCAUUGGCAGACAUUAAGAAUCUACUCGAUUUCGACGUCAAAUUGAGCAUUGCCACGCCCAUUGAGAGCUUCCAGCAGGCAGCAAUUUUGGCGAACGUCAAUCCAGAACGAGUGGACAUGCGUGGAAUCUGGAACAAUGCCACCUUGGGCUUUACGGGGGUCUGGCAUAUGCACAAUUUAACUGACUUUGAGUACUCGUAUCUGGUGUUCACACCAUUGGCGGGCUUCGAGGAGAAUGGCUUCAUAGCCCAGCUGCUUAAGCGGGACACAUUCAUCUUCAAGCUGCAUGGAAAGCUCUCGGACUAUAGGCUGGGCGUCAAGAUCAAUGGACAUCCCAAACCGAAACUGGUCAAUCAGUUGAGCAAUCGAAAGAUGCAACUCGAUUUACAUUUCGAUGAUGAUUUCCAGCCACCCAGAAUAGAAAUGGAAACGGAAGAGGAUUAUCUCUCCUAUUUUGCCAACUUUGAAUUAGACACCUUGGUCUGGGCCACCAUUGUUGGUGAGGUCGAUAUUCAAGAGAAUGAGGACUUAUAUUUCAUAGAAGGUGGUGUGCAGCUACCUCAAGGUCGCCUCGAGUUGACGGAUCGCUUGUACUUCCCGGACUAUCUCAAUGUGCUUAAUGUGCUCACAGUCUCCACGCCCUUUGACAUGGCCAAGGACUUCAAGUCCGUAUUCGAGUAUCAGAUGGAUUUGAAUUUCACUUCGUUCUAUCAGCAUGUGCACUUCCUUAUCCACGAUAACCUGACUCAGUCCCAGCAAAUGGGCUUUGAGCUCAACUAUACCAAAGUGAUCGACAAUGUCAGGCCAAAGGCUCACAAUGUGCAGCUGAAGCUCAUUACGCCCUAUGAGCAGCUGCCAGAAAUCAAUAUCCAUGGCAACAUCGAACUAGAUGACAAUGUUUACAAGGGCAAUAUCACCUCGACUACAGCUCACACUCAUCUUUCGCUGGCAGCCGCUAUUGAGAAUGAAGACAACUUCCUGGAAACAUCUGUUGGCAUAUUGCUGGAAACGAAUGUCAUUCCUUAUUAUGCAUGCAACGUCUACUUUAAGAAAGACUUCUCCGCUGUGGAUAACAUUAUUGAUAUACGUUUUGAGGUCACCGACAAUGGCAACCUAAACAAGCUGCACAUUGAAACGGACUGGCACACGGAUCCCGCACAUUAUGUGAAUAUCAAUGGUAAAGUUCAUACGACGAUGUUGCCCCUUCAACUGGCCUCCACCUCUGUGCUGGCAACGAAAGGACCCAAUCCGCAGUUGAACGUUGAUCUCAUUUUCCUGAGUCGCGACGGUCAGAGCAUUGCGUAUGGUACACGUGCGAAUAAAAAGAAGGAUGUGUUCAACAUUGAAGUGUGGACGCCAUUGAAGAACUAUAGAAACAUCUCAAUGCACGGCACAAUCAUUCGCAAUCCAACAGAUCCGCAGCGCUACGAUGUGUUGGGCAAUUUGUAUCGCAACAUGGCCACCUAUGGCGUUACGGGUGUGGUGCGCAUGUUAGAUGCUCUGCCCAUAGAUGUCACACUGCGUGUGCAACCCAAGUCGGGUGGUCGGGAUGGCGUCAUUGAGCUAAAUAUACAGGAAGCGGGACGGAAGAAAAUACGCUUCUCGUUCAGUGCCAUUGAGGAUGGUAAAAUGUGUCAGAUAUCUGGCGGAUAUAGUCUCAGUGACAACAAUGGCCCCAUGGACUUUUCGGUGCUGGUGGAGAGUACAGAGCCGGAAAUAGCACGCAUCAAUUUCUAUGGCAAUAUCAAGCCUGUGCAGAAUGGACGCAUCGUUGGCGAUGUGAAUCUACAGACACCCUGGAAGCACCUGGGCAUCGACUCAGUGCAUCUGCACUCCGAUGUGGGUAUAGGCGCCGAUGGUGGCAAGAUCGUUGGCGAGUAUCAGAUUGGAAAGCAUAUUGGACGCGGCAGCUGCAUGUGGUCCUGGAUACUGGCCGAGAACCUGCAACUGGUGCUGGAAAGCUACAUGGAACGACCCAAUGCCCAGCCACGUAUUGUCCACGCCAGUGCCAAGUAUUUAAAUCCUGGCAACACAUUCCAACAACUGCAAACUGGCGGUCGCCUCAGUGUCGAUUCCAAAUGGAAAUUCGAUGUGAAUGGGUCUUUGCACUACAAGUCCACGGAUGAGUUUGAUUUUGAGGUGCUCAGCCAACUGCCGCUACCCUUGGGCGACACGCAUCAGCUGAGCGGCAAGUAUCGUGGCAAUGUUAUCAGCAAACAGCUAACACAACCCGACAUUUUUAUUGAGGCCGGUUACGAGGCGCUGGAGGCGAAGCGCAAGCUCGAAACCCGUUUCUCUUAUCACAAUGCCACCAAUGAUUUGAAUGGAUUGGCUCACGUCGCUUGGGGUUUGAAGGAAGAUAUCUCUGUGGUGGAGUGUGAUUUCCAGGUGCAGCUCAAGCAAGGAUUGCGCCGAGAGUUCCUUGCUAAGCUAACAACGCCCAAGUUCAAGGGCGAGCAUACAUUCGGUCUGAGCGGCCACUAUGACAAGCCCGAUGCUGACUAUCACAAUGUGGUCUGUGCACUGGAUUAUCCAGGUAGUCGUCGCAUAUCCGAUGUGGAUGUGUUUUUCAGUUCCCAUAACAACAUGCAUGGCACGAUUAACAGCAGCACCCCCUUCCUCAACGUCUCCUGGUUCAAAACGGAUUUUGAGUUCACCACAAAGAGUGGUGAUAGUUAUCGUUAUGUGAGAUGUAAUUGGCCCGAGGACAGCGCAUUCCUUAAGCUUAGGAGCAAGUAUGACAGCAACGACAGCAAUCGCAAUCUCAAUGGCAACGUAGAAAUGGAAGUACCUUUGACGACGAGACAUCGCGCCGAUGUUUCAUACGGUAUGCAGAAAACACCCAAUUUGGAUUCGGGUAAUCUGAAGGUUGUCUACAAUGAGGCACAGAUAUUGGACGGCAAGUACAAGCGCGUCGCACAACUGAAGCAUCCCAUCUACAAGGACACUACGGACAUUACCCUGGAGAAUGAUAUGAAGCCGCUGGGAAUACAUUAUGUGAAUAUACGGGAUAUGCGCAGUCCGACAGAUUUGCGAGAUUUCAAACACAUUGAAGUCUUUGAGCUGCGCAAUACAAAUAAUUUUAAUCUAACUGGAGAACUACAUGCGUUGACCACGCCCAGCGCCCAGGAGUUCAAGCUGGUGGCUAUACAUCCAAAUCGUGCCGUUGUCCUCACCACAAAAUACGAGGAUGUCAAUCCUCACGUCGUCAGACAGCAUGCUAAAAUCGAGCUAUCGGAAACAGCCUGGGUAGGCUACAAUCUGGAACUGGGCAACUAUAGCAUGAAUGGUAACGAAUCCCAGCGCUUUGAACUUGAAAUUUUUUAUCCGAAACGCAAUCUAUCUACCUCUGGCUGGUAUUACCUCACCGACAAUAAUUUCAAUGCGGACUUGGCCUUAAACUGGGUCGGAACUGGACGGUACGAAGAGUCUAGAAAGAUUCGCAGCAACUUCCGCUGGACAGCGGAACCAUUGCACAAAACCGAUCGAGAUCAUCAGACAUUUGGCUGGACGGUGGCCCAUCCGUAUCUCGAAAAGGACAUCAAUUGCAAGGCCAUCUACUACCGUGGCCUGCAGGAUCUGCUGAAAGCGCACCUGACUAUCGAUUAUUCUGACAGCCCGGAGCAGCUGAUUGUCUUGGGUGCCCAGCUUCGCGACUUGCAUCACGAAUUGGGACACACAAACUAUACGUUUAAGUUCUAUGGUUAUCAUCCGGCCUCUGAGCUGGAUGUGGAGCUGAAUGGCACACUAGCCGCUCGUCCAUCAUACUACAAGACGGAGUCAACGGCCCACUACAAGCGCGACUAUGUGCCCAUGUACGGCAAAUUCCUAGCUCUGCUGGAUCUCAAUAAACGGGAAGUGGAGUAUGAGCGUCGGACGCCCUAUAAAACUGUGCGUCUGUGGAUGGUGCCCACCGUGGAGUAUCCGACUUAUGGACUCAAUGCCACCGUCUGGGACACUCCCGACACGAACCACACUGGCUACGUUUUUGUCGAUCUUGCCAAGCGCUUUGCACGCAUGGACUUCAAUUUAACGGAGGAUGCCAGCCAGAAUCUUCAAAUGGUGGGCUACAUACCCGACACACGCAGUGGUUAUUUGGAUAUUUGGCGUAAUUACGAGGAGAUACGUAUUAUUGAUGUGAGCUCCUAUCUCAAGAUGAAUCACUCGCGUCUCAUUACGGGCCGCUUCCACUGGCGUCCCAAUAUCAAAAACGAUCUGAGGGAGAAGAUCAGUGGCGUGGGCACUUCAAUUUAUAACUCAUUCUCGGAUGGCAUUGAUUUCUGGAUCAAAUCGCUCUACACCGAGUCAGUGGAAUCAGUGGGUGUCAUCUGGGGCACAGCCAAGGAGUAUAACAAACAGUUCAUUGAGGAUAUCAGUCAGCUGAGUGUUUUGGAGGAGGAUCUGAACGAUCUGCGCUUAUUUGUCAAUCAGUCGUAUGAAGCAAAUGAUUUCUAUAUCAAAAAUGUAGUCAACUUUACGGUGACCAUACUGGACGAGCUGGCAAUCAGGGAUCAUAUUGAGUCCUUGCCCAAGAUUUUCUCGGAAAUGUGGCAUGCCAUGGGUGAUUCAGGCAAGGCUCUGCGGAACAGCAUUGUCUGGUUAAUAGAGACCAUUAAAACGACCUACAACAAUGUUCUGGAUGCAAUCAGUCGGUUUUUCCAUGGCGAGAGCUUGAGCUAUAUCUCAACGCUGAUGGAGAAGGGCAUCGAGAAGUAUGAUAAGUUUGUCAAGGAUCUGCACAUCAAAUUCAUCAAAUACAUUGAGAAUCUGUGGCACAAAUUCUGGCACCUGGCAGAAACCUACUGGAAGAAUGUUCUCAAACGAUUCGAACCCCACAUGUUUAAGAUUAUCAGCUUUAUUGAAACGAGCGCCUGGGAUCUGAGCAAGGAGGUCUUUGACUUUAUCUACAAACGCACCAAUGAAUUGGCCGAGUCGCCAUAUUUCAAUAAGGUCUCCAGUUUUACGGCCGAUGCGGAACGAUUGUACAGAGAUAUUCAAGCGAAUGAUGCAAUUACGAAUAUCAAAAAGUAUUCCACACUGGCUUGGAACUUCAUCAAGGAAAAGUACUUCAAGCUGGUGCCGUUUGGUGCCGAGCUAAAUGAGGUGAUCACCGAAAUCUGUCAGGAAAUCAAAGAGCUGCAAAAGAUCGACCAAGUACAGUUCGUCGUACAGAAGUAUAAUGAAAUUCUGGCCAGAUUGGAGUGGAUAGCCGAUGAGCUACAGCUAGAGUAUCGCAUUCAUCAGCUCUAUGGACUGUUGCGCAACAAGUUCCGCAACUAUGCGCUGAAUGCGUUGGAAACUGCCGACAUGUACAGAGAGGCCAAGACUAAGUUCGUAUUUGAUCCGGAGGUGGGCAUUAUUGAUUUGGAACAGAAGCUGCCCAUGUCUUGGCAUGCUUUCAAUGAGACGCCCAAAUUCGAGGAGAUACCCGAGUAUAGAAUAUUGUAUAAGGCGCAGAAUUUCCUCAGCGAAGCCAACUCCUCCAUCAUCAUGAAGCUGUACAAUUUGCGCACCCAUCUGGAUCCCAAGACCUGGCUGCCACCCUACUACUCACGGGCUUUGCUUAUUGAUUCACGUCAUUACAUGACUUUCGAUCAGCGUUUUGUAGGCCUCAAUCUGAACUUCGAGCAACUGACCAAUGGAGGUCGUAAUGAACAGUGUAGCUAUUUGCUAGCUCACGACUUCUUCCAGCGCAAUUUUACACUGCUACUGGAGCCGGCGGGCCAACCACUGACAGGUCCAGGAAACAACAAAAUUUCCACGCGCAAGCUCAGCUUCAUUGCGAAUGGACAGCUUAUUGAAAUAGACCUUGGAACUGAUCACAUCACCGUGAAUGGCAAUCGGCAACCCGUACUGCCACUAAAAUUGGGUGCCGUUAACAUCUAUCAAGAACUAGACAUACUGUCUAUCGUUUCGGACGCACAGUUCAGUCUACAUUGCAAUGUACAAUUUGAUCUGUGCUGGUUCGAAGUGAGUGGUUGGUAUUUUGCUAAGACUGCCGGUCUGCUGGGCACCCUCAACAACGAGCCAUACGACGAGUACACAAUGUCCAACCACUUGAUAUCGAAUCAACCGCAAGAGUUCACCGACUCCUGGAGUCUGCAGCGCUGCCGGCAGAACCAACUGGCCAAGACAGAAGCAAUCAGCAAGGAAGUGAGUCAAGCAUGCGACAGUUUCUUCCAUUCAGGCAUUCUAUCGGCAUGCAGUGAUAUCGUCAAUCCGGCACCUUUCUAUGAGAUGUGCCUGGAUUUGGGCAUGAAAUCGCAACCCAUCCGUCCGGGUCAUCCGGCCGUGAAGGGCGCUUGUACAGCGGCCCUGGCCUAUAUUGAGACAUGUACGACACUUAAAGUUCCCAUGCGAGUGCCAGAUCAGUGUGUAUUCUGCCAGCUGUCGAACGGUUCCUAUGUUCCGGAGGGCACUUUCAUGGAGCUCAGUGGCGCCGAUAUACCGCACAGUAGCGAUGUCGUGUUCAUUGUGGAGGCCAAACCCUGCAAUGCAAAUCUUAAGGAGGCAAAGAGCAUUAUGACCAUUGUUUCCAGCAUUGAGGAACAGCUGCGAGCUGCCAAGCUAACCAAUAAUCGCUAUGCGGUCGUUGCAUUUGGUGGUGUUUCGCCUUACGAGAAGCCUCGCAGCAUAAUCUAUGAGCACAAUGUGUUCACCUCGAACCCCAACCAGCUGGCCGAUUACUUUGCACAUAUCAGUACUGGCAAUGGCAGCAGCAACGAUAUACUGAUGGCUAUUUCAACAGCAUCCCGUUUGAACUUCAGACCGGGCGUAUCAAAGACCUUUAUUCUGCUCUCGUGCAGCAGUUGCGCUGCAAAGGACAUGCGCUUUGAUUACACAUCCAUAUUGCAGUUUAUGCUGGAGGAGGGCGUCAACUUGCACAUUUUGGCGGACACCGAGUUCGACUUUGAGCGCACGCGGAAGCUGCGUCACUUCUUCGGGCUGGACAGGGAGCUGGUCUACUCGAAACGCUACCCCGAGGGCGAUGCCGAAACUCGGAAACAGGUGCAUAUUCCCAAGAGUAAUUUGGGCAUUUGUACGCCGUUGGCGCUGGAGACGAACGGAUCGGUGUUCAGUGCCCGCAAAUUGAUACCAGAGCGCAAGUAUCCAAUUAUGCGGUUUGCCACCAUCUUUGCCAAGCGUGUGGCGCAAAGUGCCAACCCCAUUGGCAUCCAGACAUGUGAGUGCUCCGGCCACAAUUCGGGUGUAGCUUAUGUGGCCUGUUCGCCACGAGCCUUACCCGAGGAGAAGGGCAAUCUGGAUGAUUAUGACGGUUUUGAAACUUGGGAAUGGGAUGAUGAUCUGGAUGCAGAGGCCUAAGCGAGCGCAUGACUUCAGCUUGUAGAAUGUAAAGAUUAUGUCAAAUAGCACAAGAAAACUUUUGUAUAAAUAAAUUAUAAUAUAAUGUCCGAAAUUUGCGGAAUCUUAAA